AUGCUAGGUGAUUUCAACGAGAUUCUAAACAACUUUGAAAAGAUUGGAGGUCCUAGGAGGAAUGAUUCUACAUUCCAAGAUUUUUCGGAAAUGCUUCAGAUUUGUGGUAUGAUGGAACUUCCUAGCACAGGUAACAGCUUCACUUGGAGUGGUAGAAGAGGUAACCUUUGGAUUCAAAGCAAGCUAGAUAGAGCAUUUGGGAACAAGGAUUGGUUCUCACAAUUUCAUGCGGCAAACCAAGCUUUCUUACCCAAACGUGGCUCUGACCAUCGUCCGGUUUUGGUUAAACUAAUAUCUUCUCAAGAAUCUUACAAGGGGUCUUUUAGAUUUGACAAAAGGAUGCUGCAGAAGCCUUUAGUUCGAGAAGCUAUUAACAACGCCUGGAAUUCGAACUUGCAAAGUACAAACAAUUCUGUGGCUUCUCGACUCAGAUUGUGUAGGAAAGCCUUAAGUAAAUGGAAAAAAGAAAAUCAACUAAACUCAAAGGAUAUGAUUUCUAAGCUUCAAGCAGAUCUUGAAGAUGAAGAAUCUCUAAUUUCUCCAUCCUUUGGUAGGAUGGAUUUCCUUAAGAGGUCCUUAGUCCGACCUUAUAAAGACGAGGAAAAUUUUUGGAAACAGAAAAAUAAAGAUGUUUGGAUUCUUCAUGGAGAUAGUAAUACAAAAGUCUUUCAUGAGGUUGUUAAAGCUUCAAGAUCAAGGAAUGAAAUUGGGAAACUGCUUGAUAAAAAUGGGUUUUAUCAACGGUCAAAAGCUUCGAAGGGGCAGGUAGCUAUCCAAUAUUUUUUGGAUCUUUUCAAGUCUACAAACUCGGAGAAUUACACUGAGUUUUUCCAUGAUUUUCCAAAGAAAGUAACAUCAGUUAUGAACCAUCAUUUAACGAUGAAAGUUUCAGCCAAAGAAGUUAAGGAUGCUGUUUUCUCUAUUAAACCAGACAGUGCUCCGGGAGCAGAUGGAAUGUCUGGUCAUUUUUUUCAAAGCUUCUGGGACAUUGUAGGCGACCGGUUUACUUCAGAAGUUCUUGGUUUUUUUGAGACAGGGGUCUUGCCCGCUGAAUGGAAUUACACGCAGAUCUGUCUAAUCCCUAAGAUAGUUAAUGCUACUUCUAUGUCAGAUUUGAGGCCUAUCAGUUUAUGUACGGUUAUGUACAAGACGGUGUCCAAAAUCUUGGCAUCAAGACUUCAGAGAUUUCUCCCCAACAUUGUGUCUUCUACUCAGUCAGCUUUUGUGAAGGAUUGUCUCAUUUCAGACAAUAUUAUUUUGGCUCAUGAAGCAAUUCACAGCCUCAGAACGCAUGAUACUGUAUCAAGAACUUAUAUGGCUGCUAAAACGGAUAUGUCGAAAGCCUUUGACAGAGUAGAAUGGACAUAUUUACAAGCUCUUCUUAGAGCUCUUGGGUUUGCGGAAGUUUGGGUCAAAUGGAUUAUGUCUUACGUUUCCUCGGUCAAAUAUUCUAUUCUGAUCAAUGGCCAAGCUCACGGUUUCAUCGUGCCUCAAAGGGGUCUAAGGCAAGGUGAUCCUUUAUCACCAUUUCUUUUUGUAUUAUGCACGGAAGGUCUCACCCAUUUGUUAAAUCAAGCAUCAAACAAAGCUCUCCUAAGUGGCAUUCAAUUCAACAACGAAGGACCGGCUGUUAAUCAUUUAUUUUUUGCGGAUGACAGCUUGUUUCUGUUCAAAGCUGAAGUUGAUCAAUGUCAAAUUUUUCAAGAUAUACUUUGUAAGUACAGUAAAGCAACAGGACAGGCCAUCAACUUGGAGAAAUCUUCCUUAACUUUUGGAAAAAACAUCAGUUUGGAUGUAAGGAAGCAGAUUCAGCUUAAGCUUGGCAUUUUCUCGGAAGGUGGAGUUGGAAAAUACUUAGGCUUGCCGGAGUGUUUCAGUGGUUCAAAAAUUGAAAUGCUAGCCUAUAUCCAAGACAAAAUGAAAGGGAGAAUGUCUUGCUGGUAUACAAGGUUCCUUUCUCAAGCCGGUAAGGAGAUUUUUCUCAAAUCAGUUGCUAUGGCCAUGCCUAUAUAUGCUAUGAGUUGCUUCAGGUUGCGAAAAUCAACUUGUAGAAACCUCACAUCUGCUGUGGCUGCUUUUUGGUGGAGAUCAUCAGAGGACAAAGGCAAAAUCCACUGGUUAAGUUGGGAUAAGUUAUGUGUUCCAAAACAUUUAGGAGGGAUGGGUUUUAAAGAUAUCGAGCUAUUUAAUCAAGCUCUUUUGGCAAAGCAAGCUUGGAGGAUCUUAUCUGAUCAGUCAUUUCUUCUCAGUCGAUUUCUAAAGAGUAGAUACUUCCCUUCAGGGAACUUUUUAUCUGCUUCUAUGGGAUCUAGACCUUCUUACGCUUGGAGAAGCAUAUUGCACGGUAGAGAACUUUUGGCUAAAGGUUUAAGGCAUAUGGUUGGUAAUGGUCAAACUUUAUCUGUCUGGUCUUCACCCUGGAUUGUGGACGGAGAUAGACUUCGCAUUCCCUUGAUGAAGAACAUACUGAUUGAUCUGAAUCUCAGAGUUUCUGAUCUCCUGCUUCCCAAUUCCCAUAACUGGAAUAUGCAGAAACUUGAGGAGCUAUUUUAUCAAGAAGAUAUUGAGCUCAUCCUGAAGAUUAAACCAGUGAUUGAUAGUCCGGAUUUCUAUUGUUGGAACCAUACUAAAUCUGGAGAUUAUGCGGUUCGCUCGGGUUACUGGUUUGCAGAAAAAGAAACGUUUAAAGAAGCCUAUGCACUGGGUCAAGCUCUACCCUCUUUGAAUGAAAUCAAGAAUAAUAUUUGGCUUCUAGAAACAGAACCAAAAAUCAAGAUGUUUCUUUGGAAAGCAGUUUCUGGAGCGUUACCUGUGGCUGAUAACCUCAUCAACAGAGGAAUGAAAGUGGAUACAAGAUGCCAAAUUUGUGGAUUAGAAGGAGAAUCCAUUAAUCAUGUCAUGUUUACAUGUACGGUAGCAAAACAAACAUGGGCUUCUUCCAACUUCCCUGUUCCGCAGAAUGGGUUUGAUCACAAUUCUAUCUACGCCAACAUUUACUAUGUUCUAAAGACAAGGAUAAACCAGAAUAUUCCCCAUUCAAUCAGAAGAAGUGGUCCCUGGAUCCUGUGGUCAAUAUGGAAGAACAUGAACUCCUUUUUCUUCGAAAACAAGUUAUCCUUAGGUCCUCCCCUUAUCAGAUCAAUAUAUGAAGAAACAGAUCAUUGGUUUCUAGUCAAGGCGAUGGAAAAACAGGAAUGUCAAAUUGAUCUUGAAAGAAAGAAGAGGAUCAUUUUCGGUUGGAAACCUCCUCCAAUAUCAUGGCUCAAAUGUGAAAUUGGAUCGGCAUGGGACAAAGACAGGAAUCAAAGUGGAGCUUCUUGGAUUCUUUCAAAUGCAGAUGAGUUUGACCUUGAGAUCAGAGACAAGCCAGGAGUCAAGAAUGGUGUAGCUGAUCACUUGUUUAGACUAAAGAUUGAUAGUGGGAUCCAUAUUGAUGAAGGGCUUCCAGAGGAACAGAUCAUGGCAAUUGGAGCAGUGGUAGCGGUUUGUGAAACUGGAAAGAAGCUUGAAGAGGUGAAGGCAACUGAAGAGAAAGGCCCUUGGUAUGCUGAUUUGGUGAACUACUUAGCUUGUGGAAGAGAGCCAAUGGGUCUUGACGGAUAUGCCAAGAAGAAGUACAAAUGGGGAGAAAGGACCGACAAAAGAUGGAAGCUGAGAAACAAGAGCUUGCAAGGCAAGAGACUGCUAGACAUGAGAAGUCUUUAUCCUCAGUAUCAACAAGUAUUGGCAGCAAAAAAGAGAGAAGGAAAGCACGUCGUCACUGCUGAGAGUGUAGAUGCUGGUGGUAGAAGGUCAGCCCAUUCCAAAAGGUCUAAGGAACCGAAAGGCAAGGGGGUAACUCUUUCCCAAGAGGAGGAGAAUGAAGACAUCACUGAGGAAGACCAAGCCCCGCACAAGCGAGCUAAAGUGUCUAAGGGGAAGAAGGUCGACACUGAGAGGGAUAGAACCAAGACACCAACUGAAGAUGAGCUAUAUGGGCAUUUGAAGAAUGGUGUAUCGUGGCCUCCAACCCGAUUUGCAGAUAUCAAGAUCAUGGAAGAGUUGGAGAUAGGUGACGACAUCAAGCAAAUGUUGGAGCACAUGAACAUGCCGAGCUUCUUCACUAUGGCUUAUCCUACAUACGAAGAUGAGUCUUGUCAGUUCUUGUCAUCAUUGGUGGCUACUUUUCACACCGCCAAACAUGUGAGGCAAGGAUGGGGAAAGAUCAAGUUCAAGAUCCAUGGGAAUGUUUACAACAUGACCUUCAAGGAGAUUGGAAAAGCUCUUGGUCUUCAGGAUUUGGAGGAAUCUUCCAUCCCUAUCCUAUAUGAUGCCCCUAGGGAGGAAAGCAUAGCUAGAAUGGUGUGGAAGGUGUUGGCGAGGAAGACCCGCAAGCCAAACCGUGAUAAGAAUGCUUCCAUUCGCCGCCCUUCAGUGCGCUAUCUCCACCGGUUAAUUGUCCACACCAUCUUUCCAAGAAAGGAACCAGGCACCGUUAAUGAUGAGGAGCUACAACUUCACCAAACCGUUCAGCUUUAUGCUCACCCUUCUUAG